AUGACAGACGGACACGCGAAAAAGCACACGAACAAGUCCAAUAGAGCCAGAGACAACGUCGAACGCAAGAUCGUCUACAAGAGUGUUCUUGAUAAUCCACUCCAAGUCCGGUGGCCAAAUAUUCCUGAAAACAUCCAGAAUGCUAUUCUGGCGCUGAUUGUCUCCAUUCUGGACGGCGUGGCAGAAAUGCACGCCAAGACGCAGUCAACAAGCAGGAAGCGGAAGAAAGGAGAGCACACAGCGGAAGUGGUAAAGAAGAAAUACAGAUUAGAAGAGCAGGAAAGCUCUUGUGCCGGCAUGCAUGUUGACACGACAAGCCAGUCCGACACUCCCACAAUAUCAGCAGAUGGCGCGACCCAGCCACCGAUCAUUCUCGACCAUCUCACCAUCGGUAUAAAUGAGGUCACCAAAGCCUUGGAGCACAUAGCGAAGUUUCGGAGGCGAGAUAUGUCAUCGGAGCAAUCCGACUCACCCAGCGUCCACAUGCCAACCUCGAGACUGGUUGUAGUCUGCCUCGCGGACAUUAAUCCGCCAAUCUUGGUCGGCCAUCUGCCCAACUUGGUUGCGGCGUGCAAUUCCGCGGAGAGCUCGGGUGAUCGGCACAAAACAUGGCUCGUGCCAUUGGCAAAGGGUGCGGAGCAAACGUUAGCAGCAGCGAUAGGCCUCAAACGUGUUGCGACUAUUGCAAUCGACGCUUCUGCGCCACAGUUCUCGAGUCUCGAGUACUUGCUGGAGUCUGUGCCUAUUCUCACUGCUCCUUGGUUACAUCCAACCCCGAAUGCGCGCACGGAGUUGGUCCCGACACAUAUUAAACAGCUGAAGACCACCGCUCCCAAAGACAUGCGCGCCGCCAAGGAGCUUAGAACGAAAGGCAGGGUUGAGGCGAAGCGGAGAAAGCAGGCAAAG